AUGGCCGUCCUUUCGUGGAAAGGCCUGCUGGCCUUGGUCGCUGGCCUCUCCUCGGUUGCCGCCGUGUCUGUCCGCAGCAGGGACGGCGACAAGCCAGGCCUGCCAUAUGACGAGAACACCACGUCGUACUGUUCUUGGUGGCUGGACAACAAUGGCUCCACUUCUUGCCAAGACAUCCUCGACAAGAACUGGAUCGACCUCGCGACCUUUUACCGCUGGAACCCCUCCGUGAAGAGUGACUGCAGCGGCCUUGCGACUGGCAGGAGCUAUUGUGUCGAGGCGUUUGGCCAGCCGGAGCCCGGGAUCACGACCACGGCUGCUGCGACCACCACUCAGGCUCCUACCACAACUGUGGUGCCGACCACAACUACUGCGGCCGGCAACGGCAUCGAGACCCCUACGCCCGUCCACAACGGCAUCGUCGUCAACUGCAACAAAUUCUACCUCGUCAAGGGCGGCGACACCUGCGCCGUCAUUGCUCAAACGCACCUCAUCCGCACCGCCGAAGUGGUCUCGUGGAACGGCCUCAACGCCGCAUGCACCAACCUCUGGGAAGACACCUAUGCCUGUGUCGGCGUCGUCGGCUCGACGUCCACGGCCCCCAAUCCCACCACGACGUCCGCUGGCAACGGAAUCACAACGCCGACGCCCAUCCAGCCAGAUAUCGUGUCCAACUGCAACAGGUUCCACCUUAUCGUGUCAGGAGACAGAUGCUCAACAGUCUCCGCCAAGUAUGGCAUUCCUGUUGCGAAUUUCCUCGAGUGGAACCCCAAAGCGCUCAGUAACUGUUCCGGGCUCAAGCGGAAUGCCUACGCGUGUGUAUCCGUUAUAGGUUUCACACCGACGCCAACCAACCCUGGCAACGGCAUCACGACACCAACCCCGACGCAGCCAAAAAUGGUCACCAGCUGUGAUAAGUUUUACUUUAUCCAGUCAGGCGACCUUUGCUCUACUGUGGCUGUGCGUAGUGGUAUCUCGGUGGACGACUUUCUCAAAUGGAACCCGGCUGCAGGCUCUGACUGUGCUGGCCUAUGGGCUGGAGCGUAUGCGUGCGUCAGCGUCAUCGGUCACACGCCCACCGCACCCGGCAACGGCAUUACCACGCCAGUCCCAACACAGCCUGACAUCGUCAAUAACUGUAACCGUUUCCACCUCGUUAUAUCGGGCGAGCGCUGUUCCACUGUAUCCGCGCAAUACAACCUGCCAGUUGAUUUGUUCCUCAAGUGGAACCCCAAAGCACUCAGUAACUGCUCAGGGCUCAAGAUCACCGCAUAUGCAUGCGUCAACAUCAUCGGGUAUACGCCCACGACCCCUACGAACCCUGGAAAUGGCGUUCAGACACCGAGCCCGGUUCAGGAUGGCAUGACGAAGAGCUGCAAAAACUUUCACUACGUCGAGAGUGGUCAGACCUGCGCAACGAUUCAGACGAGGUAUAAGGUUACCCUCGCGAACUUAUUCAGGUGGAACCCCGCCAUCGGCGCGGAUUGCCGCAACAUGUGGGCCAAUGCAUACGUCUGUGUUGCGGUUCUGUAA